AUGUGUUUGUUUCAGUUACAAAUUUGGGACACGGCAGGUCAGGAGCGUUUCCGCUCGAUCACACAAUCCUACUAUCGAUCAGCACAUGCCAUCGUGCUGGUCUAUGACGUGGCAUGUCAACCGAGCUUCGAUUGCUUACCCGAGUGGUUGGGCGAGAUCGAACAGUACGCGAACAGACGCGUGCUGAAAAUACUUGUCGGUAAUAAAGUGGACAAAGAGGACGAGCGUGAGAUUCCGGAGAGGAUUGGUAAGAAUUUUGGAGAUGCGAACGCGUUCGAUUAUUUCUUGGAGACAUCCGCGUUGGAUGCGACCAAUGUGGAUCGAUUAUUUCAUGAGGUUGCGAUGAGACUGACGAAUGACAUGAAGAGGUCCGAUGAAAGGUGCUCAAUUCCUCAUUCUAUGCUACAUUUCCAUACUUGUUCCGAAAUUUCUUUUACAUUGUUCGAAAAAUUCCAUCGAUUUGAUAGGAAAACUUUAAUGGCC